AUGGCGGCGCUGAACCGGGAGCCGAAGGGGAAGAAGGACGACGGGGGUCUGGGCACGGCCGUCGACUUCCUGCUGUCCAACGCCAAGCUGGUGCUGGGAGUGGGCGGCGCCGCCGUGCUGGGCAUCGCCACGCUCGCCGUCAAAAGGAUGUAUGACCGCACCCUGAGCGCGCCCACCAGCCCCACCAAGAUGGAGGCGGGGGGGCAGAGGAGCUGGGAGGAGCCUAGCUGGAUGGGCUCCUCCCCCCGCGUGCUGAACCCGGACAUGAAGGCCAGCGUCAGCCGCUCGCUGCAGACUCUGCCCACCUCGGCCCACUGCUUCGAGCCAGACGCCAUGCGGCGGGCGGUGGGCCGCUCCGGGCUGGGCGCCGGGGGCGGGGCCGACCUGCUGAGGGCCCGGAUGCGUCUGUCGCUUCAGGAGCGUCUGUGGGCAUUCUACCGGGAGAGGGUCAACAUCCCGGGGGAGGAGCAGGCCGCCGCCCGCCGCGCCGCCCUGGACAUCUGCGCCGAGCUGCGCGUCUUCCUGCACGCCAAGCUGCCCGACAUGCCGCUGCGCGAGAUGUACCUGAGCGGCAGUCUCUAUGAUGACCUGCAGGUGGUGACGGCGGACCACGCCCAGCUCAUGGUGCCCAUGGUGCUGGAGAAGAACCUGUGGUCCAUGGUGCCGGGCGAGGACACCAUCAUGAACGUGCCGGGCUUCUGGCUGGUGCGCAGGGAGAACCUGGAGUACUUCCCGCGCGGCAGCAGCUACUGGGACCGCUGCCUGGUGGGGGGGUACCUGUCCCCCAAGGCGGUGCUGGAGGUGUUCGACCGGCUGGUGGCGGGCUCCAUCAACUGGCCGGCCAUCGGCAGCGUGCUGGACUACGUCAUCCGGCCCGUGGUGCCGUCGGAGACGCUGACGCUGGAGGUGCAGUACGAGACGGACCGCCGGCUCUACGUCGACUUCCUGCCGCUGCUGGCGAUGGAGGACGGCGGCGCACUGAUCGCCAAGCCCCACCGGCCGGCCGCCGAGCGCCACCAGAACCUGUGGCGGCAGAGCUUCCGGGCGGCGGAGACGGCCCGGCUGCGGGCGCUGGACCGCGAGGACGGCGGCUGCCGCUGCGCCUGCCUGAAGCUCGCCAAGGCAGGUGUUGCAAGCUGAACGCGGCGCGCCCCCCCCCAGGCCCUCCUGAACGCCAGCCAGCUCACCAACGCCCUCCUGCUGCUCAGCGACACGGAGGGCGACUGGACGCAGGAGGCGCUGGCCGACCGCUUCCUGCAGCUGCUGCGUGCGCUGGUGCGCCACCUGGAGGCCGGGAGGCUGCCCUGCGCCCUCAACCCCAAGGUCAACCUGCUGUGUGAGCUGCUGGAGCCCGAGGUGGACGAGCUGGGCUACACGCUGUACUGCGCCCUGUCGGACCCCGAGGGCUUGCUCAGGACUGCCCUGGACCAGCCCCCCCACCCCUGACCCACUCCCGAGGACCUCUGCUCAAAGCACUAUCUAUAAAUAUAUCUCGUUCUCCAGGAGGCGUCCUACUGGACCAGAGUCCAGUUAGUUCUUUUCUACUGUGUUGUUGAAGUGAUCCGCGGUGUCGAGGGUCACCGGCCAAACAGCGGCUCUCAGUUCCACCGUUGACGUGUGUGUGGUAGAACGGAGCCCCACCGUGUAACCUCAAAGAUGAUACCAGGAGGCUGGUGCACGGGGCUGCGAGGGCUUGAAUUGUGUCUUACCAGGGAAUGUCAUUGUGUAACUGAGUGUGUGUUGAUUAUGCCAAACCUAAAGUAAAUAAAUAGUUGACGUUGAGUGACAGCGGAGACAGUUUAAUGUCAGGUUGCAUGGAUCCCCACCCACGUUGGGCCGUCUUAUUAACGUGGUUUGAUGUCUGCUGCUGACCGGCCUGAUACAGGAUGAAGACUGAAGACCGUCUGCAUGGAGGGUUAGGCUAUCCCAACAGCCGGGGGCAGGUCCGAUCCUUCAGCUCAGUCACUGUUAACCUACAGCUCUGUGCAAAUAUUUAAACUGCUACUGGAUUCUCAAAGUAAAGGACAUAUUGGAAUUGUUCAGUUUUAGAAACAUUUUUCCCCUGAGCCAAUGUGUUCCAUUGUCAAACAAAAGGUGCUGAUAGGAUUUAAGAUCAGAAACCAGUGAAACCUGAGGAUGACUCAGCGGAUCGGACAGGUUGAAGCCUUUCUUAGUUCAUACCAUCAUUAAGUUAUUCUUAAGUCGCCCGUGUAGAUGAUUUAUCAUUUGUUGGGCAAAAAAUGACCAAACCAGGGAGUGUCGUGCUGCUCAACAAUCCUACCGAGCUUCUGUUUAGUCUUCUUUCACCCCAGUCUGUCCUGCAGGUGCAGAGGUUAGGGUUAACCCUUUAGUCUUCCUUCACCCCAGUCUGUCCUGCAGAGGUUAGGGUUAGGGUUAACCCUAACCCUUUAGUCUUCUUUCACCCCAGUCUGUCCUGCAGGGGACCCGGUUAACAGUCGGCCCAUGGUUAAAUGGGUUAGGGUUAGGGUUAACCCUAGGUGCAGG